ACUGCUCUCAGUGCUUUUUUCCAAGAAACGAACAUCCCCUACAGCCACCACCAUCAGAUGAUGUGCACUCCUGCCAACACGCCGGCCACGCCACCCAACUUCCCCGACGCCCUCACCAUGUUCUCCCGCCUGAAGGCCUCCGAGAGCUUCAACAGCAGUAGCCCCGUGGCCUCCAUGGCAACUUCUCCACCGCCUCCAGCCCCACCGCUCCCCCAACACGGGGCCUUCAACCCCACCUGGCCCGCGGCUUCACCCCCCGGGCAGCAGCAAAGCAUGUGGACUCCGGCCCCCCCGGCACAGCCCACGGGGUGGCCAGCUGCCGUCUCCCAGCAGGCCACAGCAGAACAGAAGGCCAAUGUGACCAUGGAGGCAGAGAGAUGAGGCCGCGGCAGAGAGUGAGCGCAGCGGGGGACCCCUGCAUAUAAAUAUAUAUUCCCCCCCCCCUCCCCAAAGAGGAGAGGAACUCUGCUGCCAGUGCAUCUGGCAGCCACUGAGACACACGAGCAAAUAGCUGCCUUGCAUGGGUUUGGUUUGAAAUAGUUUUUACUUGUCCUCGAGCUGAACAGAGCUCCCCAGAGACAGUGGGAGGCUGCGUGGGACAUGGGACCAGUGCUGGCCUCUGCUUGGGACCCUGCUGCUGCCGGGCUCUCUGGGAGGGAGCACCCCCUCCUCUCUUGGGACACUGGAGUUUGCAUGCAAGUGACAUUUAUGGAGGAGGUCCCUUCUUCACGGUCCCCUGGGCCACCUCACCAGGCAGAGUGGAUUAUGCCUAAGUGUUUCCCCCUGUCCUUCAGCCCCACUUGACCGGGUGGGGGGCAGACAUCCCAUAUGGCUUGUUUUUUGUAAGGGGGGAUAUAGAGCAAGGGCUGUUCCUGCUUGGCCACAGCCUCCACCCCACACGUGCUGUGCUCGCUGGUGAGCAGGGCUGGAGGAUGCUGGCUCCUGGGGGGGCACCUGGCCCCUCACCCAGCCCCAGCAGGGCUGGCUGGGCCAACACACCCUCUCCUUACCCUCCUGGGAUGGGGUUUGCCCCGGGGCUGUUUGCAUGACACAGUGUAACCCUAGAGACUGGGAUCGUUUUUAACCCCUCUGUUCUUUUUUCCUGGCGGCUGGAUGUCUCCGGACGCGCCAUAGCCGCUUGCAAUACACGCUCUUCUGCUUUGAA